CCGAUUCAUUUCACCACCAUAUCAGACUCGUUACUCUUUAUUUAUUUUGCUCUCCUUCUCUAGUCUUACCAAAUUCUAUUCAGAUUCUUUGUUUCCUACUCUAAACCGAGAAAAGGUGAAGAGGAGGAAACGAUCAAAGAGGAGACAUGUCUUGUAAUAAUGGCUUAGCUUUCUUCCCUGCAAAUUUCAGUCUCCAAAACCAUCACCAAGAAGAAGAAGAAGAUCAUCCCCAAUAUCUUCUUCCUUCUUGCACUCCACCUCAAGACUUCCAUGGGUUUCUUGGUAAGAGAUCUCCAAUGCCGAACGUUGAAGGGUUUUGUAACUUAGAGAUGAACGGAGAAGAAGAUUUUUCAGACGAUGGAUCUAAGAUGGGAGAGAAGAAGAGGAGACUGAACAUGGAGCAGUUAAAGACGCUAGAGAAGAACUUCGAGCUUGGUAAUAAACUCGACUCGGAUAGAAAACUAGAGCUGGCUCGUGCCUUGGGGUUACAGCCAAGACAAAUCGCGAUUUGGUUCCAAAACAGAAGGGCACGAUCCAAAACAAAGCAGCUGGAGAGAGACUACGAUGCCCUCAAGCGUCAGUUCGAGAGUCUCAAAGACGAGAACGAUCUCCUUCAAACUCAAAACCAGAAGCUUCAGGCUCAGGUAAUAGCAUUAAAAAGCAAAGAACCAAUAGAAUCAAUCAAUCUGAACAAAGAAGAAGGUUCAUGUAGUAACAGAAGUGAGAACAUCUCCGGUGACAUCAGACCGGGCCAUCCACCGUCUUCACCGACAGCUACAACGAUGCAGUUUUUCCACAACUCGUCGUCAGAACAGAGAAUGGUGAAAGAAGAGAACAGUAUCAGUAACAUGUUCUGUGGAAUGGAUGACCAAACUGGAUUUUGGCCAUGGCUUGACCAGCAACAUUACAAUUGAAUGUUGUUGACAUUAUUUUGGUUAUCAAAUUUCAAAUUGUUCGUUUAUUAAAGUGGUCAUAGUAACCCAUUCAUGUUUCAAGAAUCUAAAUGCACCAAACAAGCAAGAUUUCACACUACUUGUUUGGUAAUAAGAUGUAAAAAAUGGGGCAAUAUGCAUAUUUUAUAUAGUAAUUGAUUAAUCA